GUCGCCUGCUUAUUAUGGCGUCUGGUGUUAGUAAGCAUUUGGUGUUGAAAUGUCACUUGUAAUUCAUAAAGAAAUGUGGAUUAAUAUAAAGAAUAAUUUUGUUUUAAGAAGUGUAUUUAUACGUUUCUUUAUGUAAUACAAUAAAACUGUGAUAUUGUGACUCCAUAUCUUUCAAGCAGUAAUGAAGGAUAGCUUACGUAGAUGAGGGACCUGAGUCCAAUGGGAGACGGCAGUGCCUAGAACUACAUUCAGAAUGGCAAGGAAGGGUGAUUCGUCUCGAUGGUUCAAUGUGGCAGUAGUGGGUCUUUCCGGGACAGAAAAAGAAAAAGGAGCCAUCGGAAUCGGAAAGUCCUGCUUAUGCAACCGAUUCAUGAGAUCUCUAGCUGACGAUUACAGUGUUGAUCAUAUCUCAGUUUUAAGUCAGACUGACUUCAGUGGGAGAGUGGUCAACAAUGACCAUUUCCUCUAUUGGGGUGAGGUGACCAAAUGUUCCGAGGAUGGAAUAGAGAUGCAAUUUCAAGUCAUUGAGCAGACUGAGUUCAUUGAUGAUGCUUCUUUUCAACCUUUUAAAGGUGGGAAAAUGGAGCCUUAUAGUAAACGUUGUGCUGCCACAAAACUAACAUCUGCAGAAAAACUUAUGUAUAUAUGUAAAAAUCAACUAGGUAUUGAGAAAGAAUAUGAACAGAAGGUGCUGCCAGAUGGCAAGAUAAAUAUAGAUGGUUUUUUAUGUGUAUUUGAUGUGAGUGUGGUGCCUAGCCGAAGCUUGGAGAAACAAGUAGAGAUAGUAUCAGCAAUCCUCAACAAUUUAAUCAAAACAAAAAAACCAGUCAUUUUGGUAACAACAAAAAAUGAUGAUGCAAAUGAAGCAUAUGUGAAGGAAGCCGAAAAGUUAUCACAAAAGAAAGAGUAUAAAGGAGGUCUGAUGAUGGUUGAAACCUCAGCUCAUGAGAAUAUCAAUGUAGAUCUGGCAUUCAUUGCAUUGGCUCAGCAAAUAGACAGAAGCAAAGGUAGAUCCAAGAUAGUUCCCUUUGUAGAGGCUGCUCGAGCACGCAAGGAAUUACUGGAUGCUUCUACAGAGGCUUUUAUGUCCCUCAUCAGGUCUCAGGUGACAGAUUACAGAGCUCUUUGGAGUCAAUCAGCCAAGAAGUUUGCCAGACAUGAAGAAUUUGUUGAGUUUACACGUCUGUUUGGCAUUGAAAGCACUCAAAGGUUGUUCCGUCGCCAUGUCAAGAAGCUUAAAGAUGAACAUUUGGCCAAGAGGGUACAGAGUUAUAUGGAAAUGUUACCAGACAUUUUACAAGAGAUGGUCCCUGAGAUAUCAACUCUUCGAGAUGGGGACUGGCCAACUGUGCAACAGCACAUCAAGAAUCACCCUGACUUCAACCACUACUUCUACAAGUGUCCGGAGGAUAUCCCGUGGACAGAGUUAGAUUGGGAUGAGGAAGGUGAUGGCACCAAGGAGACCAGGAUACCUUAUGAUGUGUUGGAUACUGGCGAAGCAGAAACUGUUUUCCGCAAUCAUGCUAACUCUCUCCAACAAGAGCACAAGAGACUAGAUUCUGUUGACAGGUGGAAGAAGCAGUUCAAGCAGUUAUUGGAAGACACAGGCUAUGUUACGCCUGGAAAGGAGUUAUCAGAAGUCCGUGUACUGUUUAUGGGUCGAGAAUGUUUUGAAGCACUUUCGGAGGACGACUGCCACUACAUUUAUGACAGACAUCAAAAAGAGUUAAUUGACAAAGCAAAGCACAAUUUUCAGGAACUCUUAUUAGAACAUGCAGACCUGUUUUACCACUUCAAGAGCAUUGCUCCUACUGGCACAAUCACUCAAGACGACAUUAAAGAAAUAACAGAUGCUCUUAAAGAGGACUCAAGGUACAAAGCACUGGAUCGCCUGGACCAGGAUCGCAAGCUCAUGCUCUUCCAACAUUUAGGUUUUGUCCACUGCCCAAUCAGAGAACACUGCCCAGCAUUUCCUAAUUGUAUGGAUGCUCUGAUAGAGAGGGUCCUUAGUAACAAAGCGCACAGACCUUCCUCUUGGAACCACAGCAACCAGUGGCUGCUCAAUUCUGACAGCAACCAGUUGAACCUUGUAAUUCUGGGCUUCAAAGGUUUAGCAAAAGAACUUUCCAAUGAGAUUCGUGCCCAGUGUGAUGAUGACGAAUACGAACUUGACUGCCAUUUGUAUUGCUUAGAAUAUAGAAUAAUUGAUGGUGAUGUCAGCUUGCCCCAAAAUUCCUUCCAGUCCAUAGAUUUUCUACCACAUGGUUGCUUUUGUGUAUAUUCGAACCCAGAAAGUUUUGAGUACAUUCGUGAUAGUUUGGAAAAGACUUUGCUUUCAAACCUAGAGCAAGAGGAUCGUUUGCCAUUUCAAGGCCUUCCCAUUGUGAUAUUAUUUGUAGCGGACAGUCUAGUCGAAGAAAAUGAUAUUUUGAGGCUAAGGGAAGAAGGCCAAAGCCUUGCUGACAGUUUACAGUGCCCUUUCAUUGAUGUAUCAUUGGAAGAAGUGGAUGGGGAACACAGGUUCAACGCUUCUCUAGUAGCUAAUGCUCUAAGGCAGCUAGUGCAAAGCAUCCGACACAGAGCAGGCUUCAUCAAUGUGUAUCAGUCUGUUAUGGAGUGUUCUGAACCUGACAUUAGGAUAAUAAUGUGCAUGUUUUGUGGUGAUCCUUACUCGGUAGAAAAUGUUCUCGGUCCUCUGCUCAGCCACCAGUGCUGCUUCCUCAGUGGUGAACGCAGCAUCAUUCUAGAAACAUUUCUUGGCUCUUCCAAGCGAAAAGUUGAAGUUAUCAUAUCCUCAUUUCAUGGUGCUAAUGCAUUUAGGGAAGAACUAGUCCAUGGCUUUAUUCUUGUGUAUUCAACCAAGAGAAAAGCCUCUUUAGCAACUUUAAAUGCAUUUUCAAUGAAUAUCCCAAACCUGCCAAUUCAAAUAAUGGCUGUGACUGAUAGUGGAGGGGCCAAUGCUUUCUUCAGCAAUGAUCUAAGUCACCAGCUGAUUACAGAAGGGAAUGCAACUGCUGAUCGGCUUCAAGCACAUUUUAUGACUUCUACUUCCAAUUUUCAACAAAAGACUGCAUUUUACACUCCUUUCUUCAAAGAAGUUUGGGAAAAGAAGCCAGAAAUUGAACAAGCUUUUCAUAUGGAGGAGCCAGGCCAUCCUCCAGGGGAAGGAAUCCACCCUCUUCCACCACCACGCCAUGAAAGCUAUCUCAUCAAACUUGGCUCCAAUGAUGGAUGUGAACUGUUUGAGGGAGAGGAUGGUGGAGACCAGAUGUCCAGCGGCACCGAGGACAGUGACACCUACUCCCUCAUUGAUAUCUAUAAUCAGGAAAAUGAAGACUGCACAAAACCCGAUAAUAAGUCUACCAGUAAACUUAGUCAAGGGUUCCAGGUGUAUCCCCCACCCACCACUCCUCCUGAGCCAGCUCCUCCCGAUCAUUUGGUGAAGAUCUCUUCGCUUCAACUUGGCUCCAACACCAGCUUGGAUGAAAUCACAUCUGACAUAAGUGGAUCCAGAGAAUCCCUUGCCACUCAUGAUUCAGGAUGGGUAGACGACUCAGUAUUCAUACAGCACCCAGAGCACGAGGAUGGUAUAUGGGUGACUAAUUUCUCCCAACAUGCUUUCACCACAGGCCGAAGACACACCUCCAAAUCUCGAUAUAAGGGCACUAGUCACACAAUGAAGCAACCAGGCAAACUGAACAUGAAAGAUUAUACAUUGGUUACUGAUGCCAUAGCACGAAUGAAUGUAGGAUCAAAAGAUUCUCUUCGAGUAAAUAAAAUGACAAAAUCAACAUUUGCUCCAUUAGCAACUCCAGAGAAUGUAGACCUUGGAUCUGAAUAUGCACAGGUCAAAGAUGCAGUAGGUAAUUUGUACUCUUCGUACGAUGGAGAAUACUCAUACACACCUGUACAAGAUGCUCUUACAGGAACAGGAAAGCACAAGAUAAGACACAGACGUGAAAAAGGCAGACAGAUGUUGUCAGAUUCUGACAGUGAGUGGAGCUCAUUGGAGAGGAGGCAAAAGACUAGCAGUUCAGAGGUGUUUUCCAAAGUGAGCAGAAAGCCCACAACGCAUAAGAGAGUUCGCAAGAAACGAACUCCCAUUCCUGUCGCUACUCCACGAGUGCCUCCAUUCAGUGCACCUCCCAUCUCCAGCAAUGGCCCCAACCCUCCGCUUCCUCCUACUGACUUCAACUAUCGUUUCAAAGUCCAAGACAAUAAAAGUGAAACCCUCGAUAAAACAAGUAAAGGGAAAAGUGACUGCGGGUCAGAGGACAGUGGCAACAGUGGGCCAGACAUUUCCACUGGCUGGGUGGCGCCCCUGCCUAUACCUCCCUCUCUGGGUCGUCCUUAUUGUUCAGUAGAUGAGUCCCCUGCCCCCUCCCAUACUCAAGAGUCCAAGUUCAAAAUGGAGGGUCUUGGUUUGGGACAUGGUGAUGAAGAAUCCAGUCUUGAUGUAUCUUCUCCUAGAGAUGUUAACUCUCCACUGUUUGGAGUUGUUCCCAAAUCAAAGGAUGGCAACAAGACAUUACGAAGGAAAGAGAAACAACGGGCGAAAGAAGAAGAAAAACUGGAAAAGCGACGUCAGAAAGAAGAAAAACUAAAGAAACUGGCAGAAGAGCGGGAGAAGAAAAAACAAAAGACAAAAUCAACAAGUGGAGGGGUUAAAGGUGGUGGGACAUCUCAUCAGUCAACUCUGGAGCAACUGGCUCAAUCAGACAGUAACGCAGUUCCAAUAAUCCUGGAGAAGUGUGUUCAAUUUGUGGAGGAAGAGGGCUUAGACUCAGAGGGUAUUUACCGUGUUCCUGGCAAUAGAGCUCAUGUUGAACUCCUAUUUCAAAAAUUUGAUGAAGAUCAAAAUGUAGACAUAACCAGCCUUGACAUUCCUGUUAAUGCUGUUGCUACUGCACUUAAAGAUUUCUUCUCCAAGCGUCUGCCUCCACUUUUCACUGAAGACCUAAUGAGUGAACUGGAAGAUUUAUCAGUAAAAGGUGACAAGAGCUGCAGGCUUUUAGCAUUAAGGAGCCUUCUGAAGAAGUUACCACCUGUCAACUUUGAGGUUUUGAAGUUUGUUUUUCAUCACUUUGUAAGAGUAUCAGAAAAUUGCAAACUAAACAGCAUGGACUCCAAGAAUCUUGCCAUUUGUUGGUGGCCAACCCUUCUGCCGAUUGAGUUCAGUGAUAUGGGGCGUUUUGAACAGAUGAGACCCCAUCUCGAGGACGUUGUUCAGACCAUGAUAGACCAGUACCCUUUUCUUUUCUGUGGGAAAGAGGCUUUUGUCAUGGUUUGAAUGCUCAUAUUUGUAUACACAUCCUUUUUUAUCAACAGGACAAUUUAGUAUAAAAACUGUAUUUGAUAUUAAGAUGUGAAUAAGAUCCAGUUACUCGCUUCUCACUAGGCAUGUUACGUCCAUUCCACUACAGAUCUGUGUAUCGGUGUGUACUGUGUAUUAGCAUAAGACUCUUCUGAACAUAAGCUAUUCAACAUCAUAUUCGAUGAGGAGCCAAAGAUGUUUUGAUGAUGGCUAUGUAAUUUUUAUAGAAUUAACAUCGUAGUAUAUGUAUAGUUCGAUUAAUUUAUUGUUAAGUUAUGUUUUUACCUAUUUAUUUUGUUGAUCGGAAGUUAUUUACUUGAACUUGUAAUAAAAAUAAUGUAAAUCUUUUGUAUUAGGAUCGAUGCUGCAGGAUCGGAAUUAGAGUUGUAAAGCUUUAUAUUUUCUACUAAAUGAUGGCACUUUGGUUUGUGUCUGGGGAUGGUUUCUGCGUAAGUUGAACAUAUUCUGUUGCUGCAGUUAGUUGUCUCUGUAAUACAUUGUGCUUUUCUCGCGCAGUACUCGUAAUCGUAUGUUCUUUUUUAAAUUUAGUUAAUAAAUAAUGCAUUUCAAACUGACAGAAACCUCAGCUGAACGCUAUAUAUUGGCUGGUAUGACGGUUGAACUCAAGUCGUAACAUUUGUCUAACUCAAUUACAGUAUCAAACAGAACUGGCUUUGAAAAUGAGUAUGCUUACUGGUCUGGAUAAUGCACAAAACCGUCUUUAUGCGGUGCUUAUUUAGGAUUCAUAGUUUUGUUACACAUAUAUAAUUUCUAUUUAUGUUGAAAGCAUUAUAUUUGUUAUGAUUUUAUUUUAAUAGUUGUUAAUAAUAUUUUAACUUUAUUUGUAACUAAACUGUAUUUUUAAUUACAAUUUUAAAGUCACUGGAAAUGCUUAAUAACAUUUGAAAUUGUAAUAGUUGUCAAUGUCAUUCACUACCACACACUUUUAUUGAUCUGUAAUGUUUUGAAAUUAAGAGCUUUUAAAAAAAUGCAUGAGAGAUUCUCUAAAAAACGAGAAAGCAUAAUUUAUUUGUUAUACAGUUGUAAUCUCUGCCAUUGCACAUUAUGACACUCAGCAAAAUUAGUCAUUGUGAUACAAAACUUAGUUUAAACACCAAUGAUAUUAAGCAGCUAAUUAUUUACUACUUCCACGCAAAUCCAUGGAACUGGUAACAAAUAUAGUCAUUAAUUUAUUUAUAUUAGUGAAGGUUUCAGUGGUACGAAUGUGUUGAAAGAUUGUAUAGUAGAUUUUAACCGAGCUGUGAUAGUUUUAAGUUUUUGCUUCAAUUUUAGAAUCAUACUUUAGUAAAAAAAAAACCUUAACCUAACAUAGGCCUAUGUUGAGUAUGUUGCUGAGUUACUCAUCACAACUAGUCGUUAGUCUAUCCUGUUCAUUUUCUAAUUUAAAUGUCCUUGGAACAAACUCUCUCAACAAAUAUAUGUAUGUAUAUAUACAUAAAUAUAUUACGAGAAAUCAACUGGGAUUAAUCCAUUUGAAAUUGAAAACUCCGAAAGUUAUGAACGUAGUGACCUUAUCCAGCAUUUCCUGUACACUUUAUGGAUUAGUUACUAUUAUUUGAUCAGUUAUGUUAUCCUAUUUGUAUUGUAUGUUUUUUUACAAUAAAUUUUUAAGUACAUAA